AUGCCUCCAGUACAGUCUACGCCAACAUCGGACGAAUCCUCCAAAGCCGUGGGUGGACAAGGCACCAAUACUCAUGUUGGAGAGUCGAAGGCAAAAGAGCCCUCGCAGCACAAUACGACGCAGCCUGUCUUGCCAAUCAAAUGGAAGCCCGGUUCGGCCCUGCCCUCGGAAUCUUCAUCCACCUCCACGACGAAGAAAGAACCCAUUUUUUUGCCGUGCGAGGAUGAAGAAUACAAAGAAGUUGUCCAACGCAAGCAUGAGCUUGAGGGAUAUUUGGAAGCACAGAGAGUGCCACCCAAGAAGAAGAAAACGAAGAAAAACGUUGCGGCAAGCAGAAAAGUGUUCCAACUGAGAUCCACUUAA